GUUACAGUACGAUUUCCUGAAUGCCCACUUUUUCCUGAAUAUAUCUUUUCCCGAAGUCAUUUGCCUGAAUGCCAAUUUUCCGAACUGAACAUUUUCCUGAAAUAUACAAUUUCCCGAAUCCUUAUUUCCCGAAUCCUAUUUCCUGAAGUCUAA